AUGGCUAAGCUUAUCUGCGAGCAUUAUGGUCGGGCGCGAGGCGUUGCAUUGCUCUGCUUCGCUGGAGGUGGACUCGCGCACGCAAUUGAGCUGAAGGGGACGCACUGCCCAGGCGAAGGAAGCCAGUGCUCGCACCACGGCACAUGCGCGAUCAAUCGGCACGGGGAGCACGUGUGCAAUUGCCAGUGGGGAUACAACUCGCCAGGCUGCUCAAGGAAGAUGUGCCCGCAUGGAUCGAACCCCACGUCGACCCAGCAGAACGACAAGAAGAUUCGGCUGCGCAUCACAGCUACAAGAGGUGCUGAAGCUACCGGCGGGGCUCUGACGUUGACGUUCCAAGCGCAUACAGUCGAGUUUGACCUGCCACUCGCACAGGUGUCGAGUGACGUUUGCACCUCCAUUUUCCGCCGUUUCCAAAACCUCGGAGACCUGACGUCUGCUGCGGCAACAUUCGAGAUCACGCUGCGCACGUUCCCUACGUUCCCCAUCAUGAACAACCUGUACUACCACGAUGGCAACCCACCAGCGUCCGAGUUCCGGUGCGACGCAGCCAAUGUUCAGCUUUCGUCGCCCUCAGGCUCAGUGCAGUGCGUGUUCGAAAGUAUCACGGAUUCGGAUGUGAAGUCCUACGAAGAGUGCAGUGGGCACGGCGAUUGCAACACUGACACAGGGAUCUGCGCGUGUCACGAGGGGUUUUACGGAGAUCACUGCGGCAACAACAAGGAUGAUGAAGACGUGCUGGUUGGGCCGGCACUGGGACCGUUUUUCAAGGGGAACGUACUGCGUUUGUCGGCAACGCGCGGGUUGUCGUCCGAGUUUCACUUCAUGCGAGCUGACGCCGGUGGCCAAGCUUUGUUUACGAUGAAUGGCCGCGGAGACACUACAUGGCACCACGGUUCACUCCAACUGCGCGAAGGCGGCCUGUACAUGAGCGGUGGAGGAGUCUUUCAGAUGCAAAAAGAUGGCUCCUUCGAGAUGAAAGAUGGACGCGCACGGCUGGAAGAUACGCCUCUCCAUUUGCAGCUACAAAGCGCCACUGGCUCCUCCGGUGCCGCUCUGCUCAAUAUUGAGAGACUUAGUCCUGCAUCUACCUCGGAGUUGUCGACGUUGCCAGAUUUCCUCCGAAUCUCACAACCUAAAGGUCCCAUUUUGCGAGUGAACGGCGCAGGCCAGACUGUCAUCUACGGCGGCGGCCUAGAGAUCCUAAAGGGUGGUCUGAGGCUGGAGCGUGGCGGUAUUCAGGUGCUUUCUGACGGAAUCAAGGUCAUGAGUGGGGGACUUGAUGUGCAAAGUGGAAACUUGGCUGUACGCUCUGGCACGCUGAGUCUUAAGAACGGCCAGACAACUCUAGCUGCGCCCUCUGGUCCUGUGCUGUUACUGCAGCGCGACAACAAUGAAGGUGCAUCGCCAUCUAGCCCGUUGAUUGAAGCGAGGGGAAGCAGAAGCAGCGACAGCAAGGUCUUUGAAGUCCAGGACACGGGUGCUACAUUCGUCCAUGGUGGUGGACUGCACGUGCUUGCAGGCGGCGUGACUAUCGCGUCUGGAGGCCAGACGAUCACUUCCGGCGGCUUGCGUGUGGAGGCUGGCGGGGUGCAUAUCGAAUCUGGAAGUCUCACAACAAAGGAUGGUUUCGCCAUCGAAGACGGCGGGCUUACAGUUCACACGGACGAAGUGAACGGCAAGUCACUUGAAGUGGCUUCGACCAACCCGAACUUUGCAGGGGCGUUGUUGAGCUUUGAUGUAUCGCGCCAACACCGAGAGAGGCCCCCUUUCCACCUUAUUGAAGCUGUAAAGCCCAUUGAUCUCGGCGACUACGGAGCACAAACGGAGGCCACGUUUUCCGUAGAUUCACUAGGCAAUUUGGAGACUCGUGGAGAUAUCUCGACAACAAGCGGCGGGCGGGUUAUUGCCAACGGUGCGCUUGUCUCGCAGGCCCAGGCCGUGUUUUCCAGUGUGCAGCUUCGCGCUUCGGAGCACCUCGUCAUUCCUAGCACAAACAGCUACGUUCAGAUCACAAGCGACGGUGUUUCAUCCCCCAACACCGCACGAAUUGACCGUGAACAUGCGUAUGCUGGCCAACUUCUGGUCAUCCAGAACGACGACGAGCAACCUUUAGGUGGCGAUCUCAACGUAGCGGCCGGCGCAGCAGCGAUAUUCGUCUUCGAUGGCGGUGUAUGGCGUCCGUUGACUGCUGCAGUCUUUGAUACAUCGUCGCUCACGGGGGUGAAAACCUUUGAGGCUGCGAAUGACCUCAACCUAGGCGAGGUCACGCUGUCGGUGCAGUCUGUUCAAGUCGCUGGCCAACGCGCCGGGUUCGUCGCCGUGUACGGCAAGGGCGGUGUUCUGGAGCAGCACGACAGUCUCCGCUUCGAAGCUGCUUCAGGCACGCUCACUGCCGAGAGAAUCGAGGCUCAGCGCAUGCGCGGCUCCAUCGACAUGAGCGAGAGCGAGCUGCGCGGCGUCGACAUCAUCGGCGGCCACAUCAGCAACGUCAACAUGACAGCUAUCGAGAUGGUUGAAGUGCAGGGGGGGCUAUUCGUCGAGGACGAGGCCUUUUUCGGGGCCAGUGUGACCGUGGACGGCCAGGUCAUGGGCUCAGGGGCCUACGUGGAUGCUUCGGACCAGCGCUUCAAGACAAACGUCCACCAGAUCAGCAACGCCUCGGAAAUUGUCUCGCAGCUCCGUGGCGUUGAGUACGCGUACAACUCAGACGAGUUCCCGAACAAAUUCCCGCACGACGGUCGGCGAGAAUUGGGAUUCAUCGCCCAGGAAGUUGAGCGAGUCGUGCCCCAAGUUGUGUCCACUGCAGCUGACGGAUUCAAGUACGUGGCAUACGCGCGGUUGGUUCCCGUCGUCGUCGAAGCUCUCAAGCGAGAGCAACAACGCGCAGACGACAGCGAGACUCGGCUCCUGCAGCUUGAGUCCGAGAUGGUCGAGCUCAAACGCAUGCUCAAGAGCCAACAGGAAAUGCUUCUGCGAGGGCAGCAACAACUCGGAGACUCGCCGGACAGCAAAACAGACAAGGGACUUGUAGAACAGCAAGCAGUGAUGCAAUAA